UUAGACGAUGGAAAUGAUUAUCCGUAGCCAUUUCCUACAUUCACCACCACUUUCCAUUUUAUCUUCUUUUUCAAGUCUUCAACUUUCUGCUCCUCGUUGCAUAAUGAUGAAUACACAGAAACAAGGCCGUAGUAAAUUUUUAGAAUUUCCAUUCGUUUCAGCACCACACAAGAACCUUUUGGUUGAUCUAGUUACAACAAUAGAAGAUCGUUUUCAAUCUAACCUUCUUCCUUGUUCACUUCCUCCUCAUGUUCAACACUACAAGAACAAGAGUGAUACUUCUCAAAUUUCACUGCAAAUUACACCAGGCAACAAUGAUUCUCCUGUAAUUUGCCUACUAAUUUAUUUUAGAUCGGAUUUGAGACAAAAAGAACUAUCCAAUUCAUCACUUUCAGCUUAUCUUAACACUUCAAAUGAUGCACCAAAUUUUGUGUUUGAUCUAAUCCGAAGCAGUCCAACCAUGUUAAUUUUCUUUCUUGAUUUGCUACCUCCAAAAGACCUUGUUCUUUGCCCAGAUUAUCUAAAAACAUUCUACGACGACACUAAACUAGAUACACAUAGGCAAACUUUGGAAAAUCUUUCAGAGGUUCAACCUUAUUUAUCUUCCUCGCUUUUCUAUCGCGCCAUGGCGUCUCCAACGGCUAUAUUUGUUCGCAUUUCGACUGAAAAUGAUGGAGGAGAGCGCAUAGACGAGAUCAUCAGGAACUAUUUGGACCCGAUUACGAAGCAAGUGUUAGGUAUUUGGUUGGAUCAUUGUGCCUGUGCCAAGAGAGAAUUAGGAGAGGAAGAAAGAGCUUUUCUUGGAAAAAGAGAUUGUGUCAUUAGAAACAAGACUAUUGAGUAUGAUCUUGGUUCAAGCUUUCCAAGGAUGUUUGGUCCAGAAGCAGCAAAAGAGAUACUAGAAGCCAUUAAGGAGUAUUUUUUUAUGAAGACUUAAUUAUUUUUAAUUUCAUAAUGUAGUAAUUAUAAUUUUAAAUAGAAGUUAAGUUUGAUUUGUGUGUGUCUAAAUACUUAAUAACUUAAGACACAAUGUUAUUAGUUGUGUGUAGUGAAAUAAAAUACUUAUUUGUGUGAAAUAAGAUAAUAUAUAAUAUAUCUAUAGUUCUUAUUUGAUCUCAUC